AGCCUGGAUUUCCAGGGCCAAUGGGGCCAAGAGGGCUUCCGGGGGAAGGUCUUUCAGGAGAGAAGGGUAAUCAAGGAUCUCCUGGACACAGGGGGAAAAAGGGAGACACAGGGGAUUUAGGACCACCUGGCUCCCCUGGACCUAUGGGGAGGCCUGGAGGAAAAGGAGAGCCAGGACUUACGAGAGACGAGGUCAUCCAGAUCAUAAAGGAAAUAUUUGGAUGUCGUGUCAUGUGCAGAGGGAGUCGACUGGAACUUGUAUUUGUGAUUGACAGCUCUGAGAGUGUGGGGCCAGAGAACUUUGAGGUGGUGAAAGACUUUGUGAACACAGUUAUUGACCAGUUCACAGUCAGCCAGGAAGCCAGCCGUAUUGCUGUGGUGCUCUAUAGCCAUUUGAACUCAGUGGUGGUCAGUCUGCAGCACCAGCCCAGCCAGGAGGAAAUCAAGGCUGCUGUCAGAGCCAUGCCCUACAUGGGCAAGGGCACCUUCACCGGCAGCGCUAUCUAUCAAGCUAAACAGGUGUUCCUAGCCUCUCGGCCCCAUGUGAGAAAAGUGGCUGUGGUUUUAACAGAUGGCCAGUCAGACCAGCAUGAUUUCAUGCAGUUUAAAGAAACAGCCACAGAUGCCCAUGCAGAGGGGAUUGAGGUGUUUGUUAUAGGUGUGUUGAACACGACUGAUCUUCUUUAUAAAAAGUUCCUGAGUGAGAUAAAGAAUAUAGCCUCUGAUCCUGAUGAAGACCACAUCUACCUUAUUGAUGACUUCCGACUGCUACCUGGUCUUGAGAGUAAUAUACUGAAGCAGAUUUGUGAUAAAGACUUAACAGCAAUUCUACCAAAAACAUCUGUGGAAACCCAUCAGGACCAUUCAGAAGACGGCGACUCUAAAAAGAUCCAAGAAGAAGAAAACCCAACGUUGUGGCACCCAGUGGAAUCAGAAAAUCCACAAGCUCCGCGCCCCUCUCCGCCAAUGUGGUCUUAUGAGAACCAGAUUGAUCCUGAGUUGAUGGAGCCCUCAAACCAGCAGCCAGAUGUACCAUCUAUCUCUCGUGAUGACCAGGGGAUGCAAGGGCCAGGGCAGAACUCUGUGGUUCACUCGCAGAGUCCGACUGACUGGCCAGGUGAGGCGGAGAGCACCCAAGCACCUUUAAGCCCUCCUCCGCCAACUCUGACAGCGUCACCUGUAUCAGGUGAGGGGUGCAGCCAGCCUCUCGAACCUGGUCCAUGUCGGCAGUACACAGUCAGGUGGUACUACGACCCAGAGGCCAACGCUUGUGCCCAGUUUUGGUUUGGAGGUUGUAAGGGCAAUGCAAACAACUUUGAGAAUGAAAACAACUGCAGGAAUAACUGCAUAUACACAUAACUGUAGAUGCAGGUAGAUGCAUCAGCCUGCAGGUAACAGGCUGAUGAGAGAUUGAGAUUGCUGCCAAGCAGAUUCCAUUAAGGUUAGUAAAACUGUCAUGAAUGGACAGCGCCUGCAGCAAGACAUGUGACGGUUAUUCUGUAACUGCCAUGGAGAUGAGCAAGUUUUUUACUAGAAUCUAUUCUCGGAGAUGUUCCUGCGUCAUAAGUAAUAACUCAUAAAAAAAAAAAAAAAAACAGGUUCCUCUACAGACUCUUGAGACAUCCCUUUACAUUCAGCUCAUUUAGAUUUACGUUUCCCUCACCUGUGGUUACAUGUUAUUCAGGAAAAACAUGUAACAAACGGCUUCAGUUAGGUGCCAACUGUUGGGUCCUAUGUCUUCUCUAGUUUCCCACUAACGAUGCAGAAAUCAAUCUUAGUCAUGAUACAUUUCACUGAAUUCAGGAUCUAUUUAUAAAGCACAAAUUCAGGACUAGUCAUCUCAGGAAUGUACACAGAAAGAACUUAAUUUUAUUGUCAGCUAAAUACACUAAUUCAAUUAAACUAUGAACCAUAUCAGUCUAGUUCAAGCAUGACCGUGUUUAUGUAAUGAAGCUUGUAAAAAAUUGUCAAACACAGGAAGAAAACUCAUUAUAUAAGUCAUAGAGCAAGAAAGAGACUAGAAUAUGCUAAAAGACCAGCUGAAAAUUUCCUAAAAGUCAUCUAUAGAAAAUAAAAAUAAGUGAUACCAUUAUUUCUGUAUAUAAUUUCCAAGGAGGUUCCUAAUUAAUGUUUAUAGAAUUUGUGAAAUAGGGUUUAUGUGCCCAAUAUACUGAAAUGAAAAAUACAUUUUGGGCCAACAGAGAUGUGCUUAAUCAACAUUUUACCAACGUUACUGUGGUUAAAGAAAAACAUGUUUAGAUGCUAUACAGGUAAAAGCCAGUAAAUUAGA